AUGGAUAGCUUUGGUGGUUUACCUCCUCCCAAUCCAGUUGUUUCCGCGCCGUCGAAUUCUGUCUUUGCAAGCCUGCAUCGCAGAAGCCGCACCGCCGAGUCGCCUAGCUCAGUCACAAAGACCAUAGAAACCAGAGACGCCGCAGCCAGGGAGGCGAAGCGGUUCCUCCUCCAGGUCGUCCGCAAUGACUGGGCUUAUCCCCCGCUACUGACACAUGCUGCUGCUGCCGAUGCUGCCGAACCGGACACCCCGCGGGCUGCUGAGGGCGCGCCGGCAGAAGAACCAGAGGAGCCGCGUGAGAUCGCGUGGAGGCACCGGGAGAUGGACAACUCGGGUUCAGAGUGGGAACAUGGACUGGAUGGUCCUGAGGGACUGGAUCCGUACAGGUUUGAGUCGCCUGAGGCCGUUGCGCGGGGGUUAUCGGACAGACGCAGGAAACGCCGCAAGAUACAAGAGGACGAGAUGAAGUGGAACGAAGGGCUGAGCCUCUGGACGGCAAGGAGAGACGCCUGGACGGGUGCAAAGGCGCCUGAACGGCCUGCUGACGCCUCUAUGAGCGGUGCAAAGGCGAAUCUCGAGGCGUACAGACAGUCUAUAAGCAGCGAGGAGAGCUAUAACGGGAGCUACGAUACAGACCUGGUUGAUACCGAGUCGCAAUAUACCCUCUCCCGGCCUGCGUCCAACGCCUCAGCCACCGGUCACGUCAAGCCGUCGGAGCCACCAGCCGAUAAUGCACCCACAGGAGACAAUGUAGAGCAGCUUACCGUCUCAUUGGAUACAAAAUCUGCCUUAGACUGUCAAGCUGCCGCAACGUCAGACGCAAAGCAAGGAGAGGAUGACGAUGAUGAGUGCCUGGUGCCCAUCAUGGGACCCCUGAUUCCUGACUCCAACAUGCUACGAGCUGCUAUCACUCCUAAUGUCUACCCGGCAAUCUAUAGCAGACUCGUCAUCCAGUCGAACACGCCCGCCGUGCCUAUCAACCUCUCUCAUAUGACCCGAGCCCUCGUCCAGGGAUGGAAGACAAACGGCGAAUGGCCCCCAAAGCCAACGCCAACAAAGGAUGUCCCUGUUAUCAAAAGGCCGAAGCAGCCGGCUGUCAACACUAGUCUCAGUGCCAAUGCCAAUGCCAAUGAACAUGGUGAAAUGCGGGAUGGCAAGGGAAGAAGGCUGUCCGGCGUCAGCAAUGCAGUAAAAAAGGUCCUCGGGCUGUCUUCGUUCAAUUCCGGAAAUAGGCUGCAUCUACGCUCGAACAGCCAUAGUGGUUCGGUAUCCAGGCCUCCAACGGAGGAUUCUCUUAACGCGCCUUGA